AUGGAAUUUCGAUAUCGGUUAAAAAAGAAAGAAAAUAAAAACGAAGAAAAUGAAAGUCAAAGUCAACCAUUUAUUGAAACGAACUCAACAGUUGAUAUUCCUAUUUUUUCAUCCUCAUCUGAAAAUGAAAUUGUAAAUAGUAAAUCAUCAUCAUCAUUAACAAUACCAUCGACACCGAAAAAAAGCAAUUGGAGAAAAGAUAAAGUCAAUAUAUGUCUUUUAAUAUUUCUUUAUUUACUACAAGGUAUUCCACUUGGUUUAGCUGCAGCAUUACCUUUAAUUAUUCAAACAUAUGGUGCUAAUUGGUCCCAACAAGCAACAUUUUCAUUUGCGUUUUGGCCAUUUAGUCUUAAACUUCUUUGGGCACCACUUGUCGAUUCAAUUUAUUUUAAAAAAUUCGGUCGAAGAAAAUCAUGGUUAAUACCAGUUCAAUUACUUAUUGGACUUGUUAUGAUUAUAUUUUCAUUUUAUAUUACUAAUAUAUUAAAUUUAAUAAAAACAACACCAAAUAGUCAAUUACCUGUUUAUUUGUUGACAUCGAUAUUUUUUGGUUUAUCAUUUCUUGCUGCUACACAAGAUAUUGCUGUUGAUGGUUGGGCACUUUCAAUGCUUUCAAGAGAAAAUGUUGGUUGGGCAAGUACAUGCAAUUCUGUUGGACAAACAGCUGGAAUCUGUAUAGGUAGAGUUGUUUUCCUUGGACUUGAAUCAAAAGAUUUUGCAAAUAAUUAUAUACGAAAACCAUUAAAUUUGCAAGAACAAUCAACUGGAUUAGUUACCAUACCUCAUUUUUUUCUUUUCUGGGGAAUAUCUUUUAUAAUAUCAACAACAUUAAUUGCUUUUUUCAAACAUGAAAUUGAUAAAAGUUCUGAUUCAGAUGAACAAUAUUUUGGCCUUAUGGAAACAUAUAAAGUUCUUAUAAAAGUUUUUCGUUUAUCAGCAGUUCGACGUACAGCACUUAUUUUAUUAACACUUAAAAUAGGUUUUGUUGCAACAGAUGCAAUGACUGGAUUAGAGUUAACUGAACGUGGUGUUACAAAAGAUGCUAUAGCUUUUUUAUCAAUACCAUUGAUGCCAUUACAAAUUAUUUUACCAUUCUUUAUAGCUAAAUAUACAACUGGACCAAAACCAUUAAAUAUUCUCAUUAUAUCUUAUCCAUUUCGACUAUUAUUUGGUAUAGUACUAGCUGUAUUUGUUUAUUAUACACCACCAUUUCAAAAUACUGAUAAAUCAUUUCCUUGGUAUUAUUAUUUAAUCGCUAUUAUUGUAUAUAGUAUACAUCAAAUAGCAGUCUACAAUAUGUUUGUUUCUCUAAUGGCUUUUUUUGCUAAAAUUAGUGAUCCAAAAAUCGGUGGAACAUAUAUGACAUUGCUUAAUACAUUAGCAAAUUUUGGUAAUCAUUGGAUUUCGACAGCUGCUCUUUAUGCAGGUGAUUAUUUAACAUGGAAAACAUGUUCAAUAGGUAAUAAACGAUGUGGAACAAAAAUCGCAGAAAAAGAAUGUACAAGGUUAGAAGGUGUUUGUGAACCAUAUAUUGAUUCGUAUUACGUUGAAGUAGCUUUAUGUACUAUAUUUGGAAUUUUUUGGCUUAUAUGGCAAUAUAAAACAUUAAUGCAUUUACAAAGUUUACCACUUAGUGCAUGGUUAGUACGAAUGCAUCGUCGAAAAAGUAAAAUGAUUGAAGAUAAUGAGAAUGCAACGGCAACAACAAUGAUUACUACAUAA